GCCAUUGAGAACCUUUUUAGGACUGUUUUCCAACUUUUUCCUAUGAAGAUAACAAAUUACAAAAAAUUGACACUGUUUUUGACCUUUUACCUAUAAGAUAGUCUUGAUUUAUUGAUGGCAUAGAGUAUAUGCGUAAUGCAUUCCAUCAUUCUGUUCCCCUCUCCCGAGCCUCUUUUUCUUCACCAAAAAUUCUGGUCCAAGCAACAACCACUCAUCCUCAACACUAUAAAAGCCAACGCACCAACUCACCAAAAGCAGCCCAACAGACUUCACUCAAAACUACAAUCACUUUUUCAGCUUCCAAAAAAUCAGUGCCCAAAAGCAAUUGCAAAUAGAAGUUGGUAAAAAUGACCACUUCAAUACUAUUUCCUUUCUUGCUCCUCUUCUUCUUCUCCUCCCCAACCUUUCUCUCUAUCUCCAGAGCUCAACAAGACAGAGCACCUCAUGGGCUUGCCCAUGAGAACCCUGUGAGUUUUUCUCCAUCAGCAUACGAUUUUUUCAAUCCAACCAAUCAAAACCCAAACACCAAAAAUCCAUGCGGUGGAAAAAGUUGUGCUCCAUUGCCUUUAGCAGCACAAGUAGAAGCUACCGAAGCUUAUGAGAGCAAAGUGUCUGCUCCUCAGAACGGCGGGAGCAGAGUUGGAGCUGGUGCGGUUGCUGGGAUUGUUUUUGGUUUUGGUUUUGUGGUCGUGAUAGCAAUGGGUGCUUACUAUGUCCUUGUCACUCGUCGAUCGAAAAUGAGUCCACCAAAACCUGAGCAACCUGAUGCUUAAUGUCAUAUACGCUUUGCUUAGAGCAUGCCACAUUUUAUACGCUUUGCUUAGAGCAUGCCACAUUUUAGUUAGGAUCCUGAUUUUCUAUUCCAUUUUUCUAUCUCAAUUCCUGUCCAACUAGUGAUAUAUUACCACCUCAUUUUAAAAGGUUAGUAAGGAGAAAAAAAAAAAAAAAAAAAAAAAAACCUAAGCAGAUAAAGAAUAAUCCCUUUUUAAAUGAGGUAAAAUUAUAUCAUACGGAUAGAAAUUGAAAUAAAAAAAAUGGAAGAUAGAAGAUCCAUACCAUUUUCGUUAUGCCACGUCUCCUUUUGUUUUCUAUUUUCUUUCUCUUUUCAACUCCUGGAGAUCAUUUCUUUACACUUGAUGGGGUUAUUUUAAAUGUAUUUUUUAGGUUUGUUGGUGAAUAGGUUCAUGAUAUUUCAGGAUUUCAGAAUUUCUUCUUAUAUGUUAUUUAUUUUUUGUUUUGCUUAUAUGGGUUUGUUAUUAAUUUUGUUGAUCAACCUUUUUGAGAUAAUCUAAUGAUUAUAAGGGCAAAUAUU